GGGGCAAAUUUAUGCCUGGGUAUAUAUUGCAGUGGCACUCCUGAGCAUUCAAACACUUCUUUCUCCAGGGAGAAGACAGAAGGAACGGUUCAGCUGCCUCUUCUGAGAUUCUGCAUCAAGCAUAUAAACCCAGAGAGUCUGAGACUGCAACAGAGGUAUUGGAGACUCCUCUGCCACUCGAGGGGCUGCGAGCAGAAUCCUGUGCCACUCCUUCUCACGGGGAGCAAGAGCCCUUCACUGAAAUCCUCCCACCAUGCUGGGGCUGCUGCUGCUGCAGGUGUUGGCCAGCUGCCUCUGGCUGGGACACAGCGAGGUGGUGAACUCCUUUGCAAGCUGUCCUCAGUUCUUCUAUGCAGGGACAACCCCAAAUGAUGCCCUGAAUCCAAAGAACCCAGCCUGGAUCUGCCAGCGUUUCAGCAACUCGUAUCACUAUGCCACCCUGUACGACAGAGACAGGAGAAUUCCAGUGUACUCUGCUUACAAAUACCAGCCUGGAGCUGGCAAGAGACCGGACGUGGAAUGGUUUCUUGAGCCCCAGCUUAUAGGUAAAAAUAAUCUUAAAGAGAUGACACAGGAGUUGACCCUCACACAUAAUCACAAGUUCACCAUAGAGGAAAUCAAAGAGAGCCAGGCUAUUCCCGGCGACUACACACAACUGAAUGGUUUGGACCGUGGCCAUUUGUGCCCCAGUGGCCAUAUGGAGAGUGUACUGAGCAAGACAGCGACCUUCACCCAGACCAAUGUAGUGCCCCAGUACAGGAUUCUCAACAACGGCCAGUGGAAUGCCUACGAGUCUGAUACCAUGGACAAAAUGAGCAAUGGCUGUAAAAACACCUUUGUGAUCACGGGUGCUGUGCCUGGGAACACCUUCAUAUCCAAUGGGAGGGUUAACAGGCCCAGCCACAUCUGGUCAGCUGCCUGCUGCGUGGUGGAUAAAAAGACCACGAAGGCUUGGGGGGCCAUCGCUGACAAUGACAAGAACGAGGUGGAGAACAUCACGUUGGGGGAGCUGGAGAUGAGAUUGACCAAUCUUUACAAAAGAACAGUUACUCUGUUCAACAAUGCCUGUCCUCGAGAAUAA